GGGAUGAAGAAGUGAUCAACGUGUGACGCUCCGGAACCGCUUCCAGGCACAUUAUUCUGAACCUCUACCCUCCUCAAAGAGAAAACCAGCUGGAAUUCCACCUCUUUAAUAGAUUUUUUUUGCUUUUCCUGCACAGUACAGCAGAGGAAGGUAUAAGAAAAUAAAUGCACCUAAACCUCGAGGGAGCGACUCCGCAGUCUCACCAAACAAAUGGCGUGUCAGAAGGGCCAUCUGACAGCGACGCUACUGACCUCCAUCUUGGCGGCGGUGCUGGGCUCCCUGCAGAUUGGAUACCACACGGGCAACAUCAACGCUCCAGCCAAGAUCAUUGAAGAGUUCUUCAAUCACACCUGGAGAGCCAGACACAACGAGACGAUGUCAGAUCACAGUCUGACUCUGCUGUGGUCCCUCUCAGUCAGCAUUAAGGACUUCGGAGCCUUGCUCGGUUCACUGGGAGUCAAAUUUUUGGCAGAUUCCUAUGGAAGGCGUAACUCCAUCCUAAUAGUGAAUGCUCUGUCCGUGGUGGGAGCGUGUCUGAUGGUUGCAUCCAAAGCCAGUGAGUCGUUUGAAGUUCUCAUCCUGGGACGGUUGGUGUUCGGCCUGUUCUGCGGCCUCGUGAUGAGCCUCAAUCCCCUGUACAUCCAGGAAGUGUCCCCCACCCACCUCAGAGGGGCCUUUGCUACACUCAACCAAGUGUCCUUCGCCCUGGGAAUCCUUGUGGGAAUGGUGGCUGGUCUGGAGACAGUGCUGGGUACAGAGCAUAACUGGGCCAUGAUGCUGUCCCUGUCUCUUGUUCCCGCGCUGGCACAGUACCUGGUCCUUCCUUUCUGCCCCGAGAGCCCUCGAUACCUGCUCUUCAACCGCGGAGAGGAGAGCAAGGCAGAGGCUGCUCUGCUGAGGCUGAGAGGCAGCACAGAGAAGGUGUUUGCUGAGCUGGAGGAGAUGAAGGAGGAGGCCGCCCACACUCAAACAGGUGUCACCAUCCACGAGUUCUUCAAGAAGCGCAGAUACAAGCAGCCAAUCAUCAUCGUCCUCUUCAUCAACUUAGGCAGCCAACUGUCCGGAUUCAACGCGAUCAUCAAUUACUCCACCAGAAUGUUCCAGGCCAACUUUGACCAGGCUAAAUAUCUGACUCUGGGCGUAGGAGCAGUCAAUGUGACCUUCACCUUGGUAGCAUUCUUCCUGAUGGAAAGGGCAGGGAGGAGGAGACUGCUCCUGACUGGUUUCAUCUCCAUUGCUGUGUGCAACUUACUAAUGACCAUAGUUGAUUCUGUCCUGUACCUGGCCCCACAGCUGCGGAGCGUCCUGGUCCUACUGGUUUUCUGCCUGAUUUCAGCCUACGAGCUGGGCCCUGGUCCCAUCUCCUGGUUCAUCGCUGCCGAGCUGUUCGACCAGCCCGGCAGACCCAUCGCCAUGGCCUUCACUAGCAUGCUCAACUGGGGUGGGAAGUUUGUUCUGGCUCUCCUCUUUCCUCCAUUGCUGAAAAUCUGUGGGGAGUUCAUCUACCUCCUCUUCAUGACCGUGGCUCUGCUCGCCUUCGUCUUCACCUGGAUUCGCCUCCCGGAGACAAAAGGUCGCACAUUUGACGACAUUGCAGAAGAGUUCAGAGGAGCGGAGGGCAUUCCUUUGCACAAUAAGAUUGGAUUCAACACUUUCACCUGACGGACCAAUUUUAAAUGUGGUCACAGUCGCACUGUUAAAGGGUCAGUUCACCCAAUUCUUGCCAAAACUGUUUUCACCAAAUCCUAUUGGUAUUCAACCAAAUUGUUUUUUGGUUUGAUUUGUGUAGGUUUUGAAUUUUGUCUAUGCUGCCUGUUACUCAAAAAAAAAAUUUCCAGAAGCAUCUCAAGUAAAAAAAAACCUGUUUCUUAAACAACAAUAAAACUCUCGUUAGUAAUAUUGGUGAACUGCAGUCCAGUGGCAGAGGAGAACCUGAACCAUUGAGUCACAAGAGAAGGUUGUGUGCGUCAUGAUGAAGCUGACUCAGCGUCAGUUGAUGUGGUUUUCCAACAUUAUUAUAUUUAUCAAAUUGAAAGUGUAUUGAUUGAUUCAUUGAUAUUUAUAUUUUGUAACCAUUGUAUUAUGAAAUUGUUACGCAA